ACUUCAGUGCUGACUAGUUGCCAUGGGCAACUUCUCCACUGGCUCACUUCUCCGCUGUUAUCACUGCUUAGUAAAUGUCACCCUAAGUCACCUGUGGCCAAGCAUGGAUACAUUUAAAACCUGGAACAUUAGGGUGCCUUGAGGACCGCGUUUGGGAAUCUCUGCAUUUUAGUAAAUGCAAUACCAGGCAUGUUGUGUAAUUAAUAUACAGUAAUUGCCCCUUAAGAUCCACAGGCGAAACUACUGAAGAUGCAGCAACUUUGAAAAGCACUGCUUGGUAUAUUUACUUAAAACGUGGCACGUUCCACGGAUCACCUGUGACCUGUUUUGAAGGUAAAUAGGCCUGCAGACACCAAACCAUCCACAGGUUUCUCAUGUGUCUUCUUCCAUAAAGAUAUUAAUAUCUUGCCUGUGGUUUAGAACAGGAAUUGCUCCUCUUGGUUCCCUCUACUGUAAAUGAUUCUUUAGACAGAAGAGAAAUGACAUUACCUGUAUUGUUAUUAGUCACAGCCCAGGAGAAGCACUCAGCCGGGGGCUCCGGUCUGCUCAUAGCCUUGGGUUGGGCUCCAGAUGCCACCAUGGUGUCUCCAGCUUUCCUCCUAAUCCUCAUCUUGGUCAUCAAGACAUCGAGAGGUUCUCCUGACCUGCUGGUCUGGCAGUCCAACGUGGUCACUGUGGAACGCAAACGCUCCGUGAAACUGAACUGCACCGUCUCAAAGACGCUACACCUGCAGAAGCCGGCACUCACGUGGAUUAAGCGGUACCGGAAUGGGGUAGAGGUCCAAGUCUACCCAGCUGACAAGUACUGGGACCAGGAUCGCUUCCAGGUGGACGGUGAGGGCUUCCAAAACCUCCUGGAUGCAGGGAUACUAAUGACAGAUCUGAGAAGACAGGACUCAGGGCUGUACCUCUGCUGUAUCACUCCUCUACAGGGCAGCAUGACCAAGGAGUGCGGAGGAGGCACUUACCUCACCAUCCAAGUCACAGCCCAGGAGAAGCACUCAGCCGGGGGCUCCGGUCUGCUCAUAGCCUUGGGUUGGGCUCCAGAUGCCUCCAUGGUGUCUCCAGCUUUCCUCCUAAUCCUCAUCUUGGUCAUCAAGACAUCGAGAGGUUCUCCUGACCUGCUGGUCUGGCAGUCCAACGUGGUCACUGUGGAACGCAAACGCUCCGUGAAACUGAACUGCACCGUCUCAAAGACGCUACACCUGCAGAAGCCGGCACUCACGUGGAUUAAGCGGUACCGGAAUGGGGAAGAGGUCCAAGUCUACCCAGCUGACAAGUACUGGGACCAGGAUCGCUUCCAGGUGGACGGUGAGGGCUUCCAAAACCUCCUGGAUGCAGGGAUACUAAUGACAGAUCUGAGAAGACAGGACUCAGGGCUGUACCUCUGCUGUAUCACUCCUCUACAGGGCAGCAUGACCAAGGAGUGCGGAGGAGGCACUUACCUCACCAUCCAAGCUACCAACUACGACCGCUUGAUCGCGUGCUGCCCGUUAGGUGUUUUCAUCGCCGCCCUGCUGGUCUUGCAUGGCCUGGUAUAUAAGCAGUGGGUAGAGUACCGGAAACUGGAAAGUGAAAAUGCAGAGGAGAUGACGUACAGAAUCUGGAUCUCGCGGUUCUUCUCUGGCUUCACCGACCUCCUCUCGGCUCUCUGACACUGCUGCCGUCUGGCGGUGCUCUUUUAGACUUGUGCACAUUGCCUGUAAUAUUUACUAUGUGCACUGGGCCCACUGGAUGGGUCCACUUUAAUAGCACAUCUAGGGGGAGGUGUAUCAAUCCUCUUAAAAAGGAGAAGUGGAGGCGCUGCUCAUAGCAACCAAUCAUAUGCUAGGAGCAACCAAUCCAAUUCUAGGUAUCAUUUAUCUAGUUCAUUCUAUAAAAUAUCUAAAAUCUGAUUGGUUGCUCUGGGCAACUCCCCCCAAUUUUCUUUUUUUUUGUUUGAUAACUCUACCCCCAGAGUCACAUGACUGCACUGGUUAUUCAUAUUACGUAUGAACGGCAAUGUAGCUCUGUGGACAUCUCUGCAACUAAUAUAAUUCAGCAUAGACAUUUUGGCCCUGCCAAGAUCUAUAUACUGUAUACUGUGUCAUACCCUCCAACAUUUGGGGGGUGGUUCCGAGUUGUUCACUCGCUAGCUGCUUUUAGCAGCAUUGCACACGCUAGGCCGCCGCCCUCUGGGAGUGUAUCUUCGCUUAGCAGAAUUGCGAACGAAAGAUUAGCAGAAUUGCGAAUAGAAAAUUCGUAGCAGUUUCUGAGUAGCUCGAGACUUACUCCUACACUGCGAUCAGCUCAGGCUGUUUCGUUCCUGGUUUGACGUCACAAACACGCCCUGCGUUCGGACAGCCAUUCCCCCGUUUCUCCAGACACUCCCGCGUUUUAUCCUGGAACGCCUGCGUUUUUCCGCACACUCCCUGAAAACGGUCAGUUUCCACCCAGAAACACCCACUUCCUGUCAAUCACACUCCGAUCACCAGAACGAUGAAAAUUCUUCGUUCUGCCGUGAGUAAAUCUACUAAGUUGUGAGCUAAAAUACUUAGCGCAUGCGCACUGCGUACCAUGCGCAUUUUCGCAUUAAUCGCUCCGUUGCAACGAGCGAACAACUCGGAAUGACCCCCUUGAUACUCAAAAAACGGUACAAAUUAGG